CCUCUCCCCUGCAAAGAGCCCGGUCACGCACGACGGGAGUUGCGCCCCCCCGACCAAACCAUCCAUGUGCCGAGGAGUUUGUCAUCGACGACGACCACGACAAUGAAGACACCGCAGCACCGCAGUCGUGUUGCGUUGCGUUGUUCAGCACGCAAAUACAUUUCUGUCAGCGAAUGAGUCACUCGCUGACAUUUGGGCGUGUCCCUUGCUAGUCGCAGACUGACAGGAGACAGGAUGCUUCGAGCGCUUUCCCCAGGCCGCCAGCCGGCAGGCUACCACGGGCCGCCCCCCAAGGUUCCCCGGCCUUGUGGGAAGCUGGAAUGCGGCCAAGGGCAUAACCUGGCAUGGCAGAACAAUGCGCUGGGCUACGACACGGCGUGGCAUGGCUUGGACCCGAGCCGACGGGCGUGGAAACGCGCCGACCCUCCCUCCCGUUUCUGUCGGAAGCUUGCGGACCAGAAUGGUCAUGGCGAACCACCCCUUUCGUCGACGGGUUUCGAUUUGUUCUUCGUCGGCAAGGCAAGACGGCGCGCGUGCACACAGUCACAGUUCCUGUUGACGAUUUUGGGGGCCAAGACCACUCGCUGCCUGGAUCCCGCCCUCCAUCUCUGCCAAAGUCGUACAUUUUGCAUCCUCUUCUUCUGCCUCGCGGGCUGCACUGCCCCGGACGCAGCCAAUGGAUCCUCUCCUUCCCGCUCGGAGGGGGGGAGGAGACACAGAGGCGCGGAGGAGGCGGAGGCGUGGGAUUGGGCAGCGGUCUUUCUUUGGGCAUUGGUGUUGACGUCGCAACGCCUUUUUUCGACUUUGCGACGCCGCACCGCCGGGUUUGUGUGCGUGCGACCCAGUUUCCAUUUGCCAGCUCCCUCCAAUCGAGGUACCCCAUACCUCGUCCGUCACUCACCGGGACCCAUUCUGCAGCAGCCAAAUGUCAAAUGUCCACUCCCUCGGGCCAGCGAUGGGCCAAAGAUGGUCCACCCAGGGGGCUUCCGCGGGCCAGGCCAUGGGUCAGAAGCGUUAGUCCAGGGUCACCCAUCAUGGCGUUGCUGCCUCUGCGCCGUGGGUCGUGCCGGGAGGCGGUAACUGAUACCAGUCGAUGACUCCCUCCUCGUCAUGCCGCUGUUCGCCAGCCAAAAAAAACUCCCAUAGCACGGCAAGGAUGCGCACACGCACACACACCUCUGUCGCUCAGAAACAGGUAAAAGAGAGAAUCCCCCCCCUUUGUCCUAUGCGCAAGGCGUUUCGUUGUUAUGUGCGAGGCAGCAGUCUGUCAGUCAGUCCGUCAGUCAGUGUCAGUCAGUCCGUCGGCCCGCGGUCAGUAAAGAGUCGGUGUCGCCCGCCUUUUCUGCCCUUGCUUUCGCAUUCCGGCCCCUCCCCCCAUUCCAGCCAGGAUUUUUUUUCUCCCUCCCACACCCGAGUUGAUAAAAUAUCAACCCGAUCACUUUAUUUUUUUCCCUUGCAGCCCGACCUCA